AGAGCCAUCUCUUCUUCUACUAAAGGGGACAGUCAAGAGGAACACUGUGGCAGGGUACCCCGCUGGGACACGCAUCACGGCGCGCCAUGCAGAACGCCCUGGGACCGGCUUGCAUCUUCUUGCGCAAGGGCAUCGCUGAGAAACAGGGGGAACGAGAACUGGGCGCAGAUGAAAUUGAAGAGCUCCGCGAGGCCUUUGAUGAGUUUGACAAGGACAAAGAUGGUUAUAUCAGCUGCAAAGAUUUGGGCAACCUCAUGAGGACGAUGGGCUACAUGCCCACGGAGAUGGAGCUCAUAGAACUGUCGCAGCAGAUCAACAUGAAUCUCGGGGGCCGUGUGGAUUUCGAGGACUUUGUGGAGAUGAUGACGCCGAAGCUGUUGGCAGAGACGGCGGGCAUGAUUGGACUUCAGGAGAUGAGGGAUGCCUUCAAGGAGUUUGACACAAAUGGGGACGGUGAGAUCACUCUGGAUGAGUUGUAUCACGCCAUGCAACGGCUGAUGGGUGAACGCCUGACUUCCCGGGAGAUUGCAGACGUGGUGAAGGAAGCCGACGUCAACGGAGACGGGACUGUGGAUUUUGAAGAAUUUGUGAGGAUGAUGUCACGCUGAUGGAGUCACCCACCCCUCUCUGCUUUCAACGACCAAGUACACAGGCAGCGCUUAAAAAAAAAAUGUAUGGAAUUCAACAUGAAAUCCCGGUCAGAACUGGGAGGCGAAGUCAAACCUCCCUUUA